AUCGAAUGGACACCCCUAACUAUAACACAUGCAAUGGGCAUGAUUUAUAACACAUGCAAUGGGCAUCUGGAUACAUAACCAUUUUUGUCUCUAAUAAUUUUUUUUUGGAGAUAAUCUCUCUCUUGGGCGGUUGGGCCCUGUCUGUAUCAAAGAUGCCUGAGACCCUUUUGUUUAUAAUUUCUAUAUGACCUUAAACAAGCUUGUGAAGAGCAUUUUAUGGGUUGUCCCAAAAGUUACAAUAGGCAUGCUUGUGUGGAGCAAUAGCUAAUUAUAAUGUGGUGGAGUACAGACAGACACACACAUCUGCAUUAACUUUAGGUCUUAACUUUAUGUGCACAAGUAGGUCUAAACUCUAAAGAGAAUUGCUACUUCUUUUGAAGUCUGAAGCUAAAUGGUCCUCCAAUGCUAAUGUAGUAUGAAAACCCUCUUAAGAGUCUGAGCAUCACCUAUGCUUCUUAGAGAAAAAGACAAUAGCAGUAUCCAGAUGCCUUAUUUUUGCAGAACAAUCCAAUAAUAGUUUUUUGAAAGCAACUUACAUAUUUUUCUUCUUAGUUAAAGUUUAUUUUUCAUGUUUUGGAAGAGACUGGAAGAAAGACAAUACUAUUCCUUAAAUUGUCAUGACUUACAGGUUACACAAAUCUAGGGAGAAUUGGUUGGAUGACAUGGGAUAUAGCCAGUUGGGACAUAGAUGUUAUCAGCAGUUGAAAAGACAACUCAAGCUCAUUUUAUUUCUGGCUUCAAUCCAAGAAGUUGGGUUGUCUUCUAUUCUAUUUUGGCUUGUAUUUAGCUGCAAAGAAGCUUGCUUGCAAACUUGUAACUGAUUAUGGGUUGGUUUUGUUUGAUUUUUGGGUUGGGGAAAUGUAUAAUAGGCUAGCUGUAGAUCAUCUUCUGCAAUUGAUUGCUUACACUAAUUGCUUCUAUGAACUUUUCAGGAGCGGUCUGCAAGAUCAUUUUUCUUCAAAACCUAUAAGCAAUACUUCAAGUAUGAGCACUGUUGAUUGAUUCUGAGGACUUGCUACAAAUGGCAGAUGUAUAACGCUAAUAGUAAGGUUGGUCAUGAACUAGGUCUUAAUAAGAAUGCCCCAUUUGAAGGUCCUAUGGCUGCGUACGAUUUAGGAGUUAACCAAAGGGAUUCGUUUGGUUUGAAUGAAAAUCAAACCUCGUUGUCUAAGACACCAAUGAGUGAACCUCAAGGUAUUGUUGUAAAUGAAAAUGAUUCUCCUUUCCAAGCAUCCAAUGGCAAUGAUGCUAAUGUUAUUGAAAGACUGAUUGGCUCCAAAUCUGUUAAGAGUGCUAGGCUACGGGAGAAAGGCGGAAAGAAUGACUCUUCUGGUUCUAUGAGUGAUAGUAUCAAUGUUGGAUUUCAAGGGAUGAUGGAGAAUAGUCACCAUAAUUGGAAUAGCUAUAUACAAAGCAUGGAAGAGCGUAGGAUGAAAAAAGAGGAAGAAGACCAACAUCGGGAUGCUGAGGAUGGGGAGAAAUAUGAUGAGGAGAGAUUACUGUCGAUGGUUGUUAAGAAAUCCAAGAUUUAUAAAAACAGGGCAAACAUCACUGCAACGCUUAUCAAUACACGAAGACAACUUUGAGCAUUCAAUCAAUCUACUCCCAUGAACUCUAAUGAGAUUAAAGAGUAUGAACAACUUGUUCAAGAUCUUGAAUCUCAGCUUGAAAGUAAAUAUUUUCAUUUUCUAGUACAUGUGGUUUUGAUUUUGUUGAUAUUUCAUUUUUUGUUUUUCAUCAAUUCUGUGUAUGUUCAGAACUUUUGCAAGUGGAUACGAUCAAUCCUGUGAGUCCUUCGCGUGGUUCUGGAGGUCGUGGAAAGAGAGCUUCUACCUCUGACGUUGUACGUAGGAGGUUCAACGAUGAAGAUUGGCUCGAUGAAUCAAGUUAAUGAUUCCGAUUGCUUGAUGAGAUUAAGGAUGGGUUCUUGCCUGCUGAUAUUGUGUGCUGGUCAUAUCUUUGAAGUUGGGUUUGUGUAUCAUUUGGAUUAAGAUUGUGUUUAGGUGGAUUUCUUAACUGUUAUGUAUGGCAUUUCUUUUAAUUUGAGAUUUAUGUUUAACUUCUUUCAAAGAUUAUAGAUCAUUUGGAUUGAUUAAGUGUUAUGUAUGGGACAUGUUUGAAUUUGGGAUUUAUGUUUAAUUUAUUUCAAAGA